AUGAUCUCAAAAAUUUUCUUUGCCCUGGCUGUAGCGGCGGUCUGUGCCCAAGACCAUCAUGGUCACGAACACGGCCACGCCUACUCUUCCCAAUCCAUCAUCAGACACGACAUCGCCCACGGACAUCAGGAAAGCUCCCACGGUCAUCACGAGAUCUCCCAAGGUCAUCACGAAAUCUCCCAAGGUCAUCACGGACUUUCCCAUGGCCAUCAUGAAAUUAUCCAGGGUCAUCACGAAAUUUCUCAAGGACACGGAAUAUCUCAAGGUUACCACGGAAUUUCUCAAGGUCAUCACGGUGGCGAACAUAUCAUUCAUCAGCAGCCCAUCCAGUAUGUUCCCAUAGCCGUGCACCAGGCUCCUAUCUCGGUACACCAUGAAGCCCCUGUGCACCAUGUUGAGUCUGCUCACCAUGAGAAGCAACAACACCAUGGGGAACACCAUGUUGAUUAUUAUGCCCACCCCAAAUACGAGUACGAAUACAAAAUCGAGGACCCCCAUACCGGUGACAACAAGUACCAACACGAGUCUCGUGACGGUGAAAACGUUAAGGGCGUGUACAGCCUCCACGAUUCUGACGGCUCCAUCCGCACCGUUGAGUACUCCGCCGACAAGCACAAUGGCUUCAACGCAGUGGUGAAGACUGAAACCAAACAUGGUCACGGUCACGGCCACGAACAGCAGUACCAUCAUUAAGAACAUACCGAAAGUACCUGAGAACAUGUUACCUUUUUAUAUUGUUUGCC